UUAUUGAAGAAGUUGGCAAAGUCGAGUCUAUGACCUUGACGGAUCGUCCCGCCCUCGGGUCGGAAACCCUCUUGGUUAUCUGUUAGCAGCUUGUGCCUCUCAGCUGCUUUUGCCAGUCUGUGUGCUAUCACCGCUUGGAAGAUUCGCGUCACCGACGAGAGGAUACAUAUAGGACGCAUAUUUUCCAGAACAUGACAGAGCUCGUUUUUUGGAAGGAGUCUGACUCGUGCUAGCAUGUUCAACAACGUUUUGUCUCCUGUCAACGCUCUACUGAUCACUUUUCCUAUCUCCUCCUUUGCGCUGUCAGGGGAAAAGCAAUUUCUAUUUCCCUGGUCGGGUGUUGAUCAAUGUUCGUGGAAGAAGAGGAUCGUCGUUUCUUCGUUCUUCUGACCUUUGUUCCAUUCGUCGUGCAGCCGUUGACUGCGAAGAAGGUUGCCGUGUGGGUUUCAUCUUCGAGUUCGCUAGCCAAUCUCAUAGGGAGAAAUUGCUCGAUGUUCUUGUAUCCUUCUAGGCGCCACCCUCCUGGUUGUGGGAGCAGUUUCCGAAUGAUUUGUACAAUCAAAUGUGCUGGCGCCACGGUGAGGGAGAGCUUCUUUGAUGUUUGAUUUCCCGCCCCGAGGACCUCAACUUGCAGUAAGGAAUGCUUCCAUCAGCGGAUCCAGGUCCUGUAAAUACUCUAGCUCUGAUUGCUGCAGCGCUGGUUGGAGAUCGCUCCAUGAG